GUUUCGCUACUUUCGAACACGGCCGAUACCUAUGGUUACGCCUGUGUAGCUAGCUACAUGCUAAUUCUCAAAGCGCGCUCAGUUGACUUAUUUUGCAGGUGUUUUACAUGGUGCGUUACCGCUAGCUUUCAUCUCAUUUUUUGAAGACGCUACUCAAUAUGAUGGGUGAACCGGUGGCUGAUAUGUGUGAUCAGCUUGUUAAAGCUGUGAACGUGAUGAUGGACGCGGAAUCUAGCCAAAUAUAUCGCUUGGAGGCCCUAAAGUUUUGUGAAGAAUUCAAAGAGAAGUGUUCCUUCUGUGUCCCAUGUGGGCUACAGUUGGCAGAUAAAACUCAAACAGCAGUGGUGAGGCACUUUGGUCUACAGAUACUGGAGCACGUCAUCAAGUUCAGAUGGAACAACAUGCCACAGCAAGAGAAAGUCCAGCUGAAGAACUGUGCUAUGGGGCUUUUGUCAACUGGCACAUAUCCUAUCCUGGAGGAGGAGAGCCACAUCAAGGACGUUCUCUCGCGGAUCAUAGUGGAGAUGAUCAAGAGAGAAUGGCCUCAGCACUGGCCUGACAUGCUGAAGGAGAUGGAGGCACUCACCAGUGUAGGGGAGGCUCAGACAGAGCUGGUGAUGUUGAUCCUGCUGCGGCUGGCGGAGGACGUGAUCACCUUCCGGACCUUGCCCACCCAGCGCCGCCGGGACAUCCAGCAGACUCUCACCCAGAACAUGGAGAGUAUCUUUAGCUUCCUGCUCGCCAUCCUGCAGCUUCACGUCGACGAGUACCGCAAACUGAAAAGAAUACCUGGCCAAGAAUUGCAGGCCAAGGCCCACUGUCGGGUAGGCGUGGCCACUCUAAACACCCUGGCAGGCUACAUAGACUGGGUUGCCCUGGCAAACAUCACCAAUGACAACUGUCGCCUGCUGGAAAUGCUGUGUCUGUUGCUCAGUGAGACAGAGCUGCAGCUGGAGGCUGCAGAGUGCCUGCUCAUCGCCAUUAGCCGCAAGGGGAAGCUGGAGGACAGGAAACCACUCAUGGUGCUGUUUGAUGACGUUGCCAUGCACUACAUCCUCUCUGCUGCACAGUCUGCAGAUGGAGCAGCAAUAUGCAACAAAUCCUCUCCAACACAGCCAGUGGGGGCGGGGGUGGUGGAGAGACACUACACCUUCCUGAAGAGGCUAUGUCAGGUCCUGUGUGCCCUGGGCAGCCAACUCUGCUCAUUAGUGGGUUCAGAUGUGGAGGUAGAGGUACCAGCAAACCUUAGCAAGUACACAGAAGCGUUCCUGGCCUUCACGACACACCCAAGCCAGUUCCUUAGGUCUUCCACCCAGAUCACAUGGGGAACUUUGUUCAGACAUGAGAUACUCUCCAAGGAUCCUGUCAUCAUCCAGAUGACCAUCAAGUACUUUAGAGCCACCAUGACCAACCUAGUCAAGACUGGUUUCCCUUCCAGCAACGACAGUCCCAGCUGUGAGUACUCCCGUCAUGACUUCGACAGUGAUGAAGACUUCAACUCCUUCUUCAACUCGUUCCGAGCGCAGCAGGGGGAGGUGGUCCGGAAUGCGUGUCGUAUUGUCCCCUUGGAGGCCUUCCAGAUUGCAGCAGAGUGGCUGCAGUAUCAGAUCAGUGCCCCCAUCGAUAUCGGAACCACUGUGUCUAAGACUGCUGAGGGGCUGUGUUCUAUCCUGUCUCCGUCAGUGGUCCAGUGGGAUGCUAUGACCUUCUUUACAGAGAGUGUUGUGGGAAAGAUCUUUAAGAACGUGGAGGAUGAGGUACAAGACUUCUACACCAUUGAGGGAUUGGCUGAACAGAUCGUUGGUUCUGUCUUUGUCUCCCUCGACAACGUGCCUGACCACAGACUCCGCACCAUGCUCCGGGUGUUCCUGAAGCAGCUGGUGGUGUCAUGUCCUCAGGAGUGCUACAACAGUCUGCUCUGCCCCCUGCUGGGGCCUCUGUUCGCCUGCAUGCUGCAGAGACUCAAUCUCAGGUGGCAGAUCAUCAACCAGAGGAGUACUGUCAGUGGGGAGGGGGAGGAGGAGGACGAGUCGUGUGAGGAGAAUCGGGAGAUGCUGGAGGAGCAGCUAGUUCGGCUGCUCACCAGAGAGGUUCUAGACCUGCUCACUCACGCCUGCAUAAUGAAAAAGGUGUCUGCGCCAGCAGGAAACAAGGAAGAUGUGGAUGAGGAGGAGAUGAUGUCCACUGAGUCCCAGGCAGUCGCUGUCUCCCCUGCCCAGCCAACAGGCGAACUGACGGAGCUGGGGAAGUGUUUUCUCAAACGCGAGGACAUCUAUAUGACCUUGUUGACCAUCUCAUUCACCUCUCUGUCCUGGAAGGACACCAGUAACUGUCACCGCAGCGCCUCCAUGGUGUGCUGGACCCUGCUACGACAGGUUGUAGGUGGGAACCUUUUGCCAGAGGCGGUCACAUGGUUCUAUACCAGUGUUCUGAAGGGACUGCAGAUGCAUGGGCAGCAUGAGAUCUGCAACUCAGCCCUCACACAACUGGCCCUGCUUAUGUACGAGAACCUGCGGCCGCGGUACAUGGAGCUAAGAGACGUGAUGACUCAGAUCCCCGACAUCAAUCUGGAGGCUCUAGACCAGUACGACCAGCGGUUGCUGGAGCCCAGCUCCGCUCAGAGGUUGGGAGAGAAGAAGAGGAAAGACCAGUUCAAGAAGCUCAUUGCUGGCGCUGUGGGGAAAGCUCUGGCCCAGCAGUUCAAAAAGGAGGUACAUAUCCGAAAUCUUCCGUCUCUUUUUAAGAAGCCGAAGCCUGAGAAAAGGGACAUUCUGGAGACCAGUGAGAGUGGAGCACUAGCAGCACUCUUCUCCCCAGUGCUGGACGACAUCUAGGAGCACUAGCAGCACUCUUCUCCCCAGUGCUGGACGACAUCUAGGAGCACUAGCAGCACUCUUCUCCCCAGUGUUGGAUGACAUCUAGGAGCACUAGCAGCACUCUUCUCCCCAAUGCUGGAUGACAUCUAGGAGCACUAGCAGCACUCUUCUCCCCAGUGUUGGAUGACAUCUAGGAGCACUAGCAGCACUCUUCUCCCCAGUGCUGGAUGACAUCUAGGAGCACAGAGCAGCACUCUUCUCCCCAGUGCUGGACGACAUCUAGGAGCACAGAGCAGCACUCUUCUCCCCAGUGCUGGAUGACAUCUAGGAGCACUAGCAGCACUCUUCUCCCCAGUGUUGGAUGACAUCUAGGAGCACUAGCAGCACUCUUCUCCCCAGUGUUGGAUGACAUCUAGGAGCACUAGCAGCACUCUUCUCCCCAGUGCUGGAUGACAUCUAGGAGCACUAGCAGCACUCUUCUCCCCAGUGCUGGAUGACAUCUAGGAGCACUAGCAGCACUCUUCUCCCCAGUUCUGGAUGACAUCUAGGAGCACAGAGGCUCUCAGUCUGGCCUAACACACACACACUACAAUCAGCUGUUACAGGACUUCGGCUGGACUAACACACACACAAACAUGCAUACACUUUCUAUCCUCCCGGGGACUUUUACUCCUGAAGGAUUGGCACAACAAUUGUUCGACAUUUCUACCCUAUCGAUCGACAGUUGGAUGAAUGGACUCUACAAUUUGUGGCAGCCUCCCCAUUUAGGACAAAGGUAAUCAGAAUAUUCUGUCAUGGACUGAAUCCUGCUAACUGCUUGAUAAUAUUUAUCCAAAUAAUGUGAGUGUCUGUCUGCCUUGAUCAGAAAUAUAGAACAGUAUGAUGAUGGUGAUUGUCCUUCAACAGGAGGACAAACUUUUCAUAAACCCUGCAGGUUGUAAAUGUAACAAUGAAUUGCGUUUAUAUAGCACAUUUCCUCACUAGCACAACACAUUUAGCUUUAAUAGUGUUUUAGUAGAUCCGCAAACAUGGACCAUCCACCUGGGUGCUCAACAACUGCAGCCAUUUUGUGCCAGAAGAACUUGAAUGGGAUCCAGUGAGCAUGUCUGAGGUGUUAGACUUCAAAGUGGUCUGCUGUAUUUGGAGAGCUAUUUUCAAACCAAUGUUUUGUAUAGAAUCAUUCCUCUGUUGAAGUAGAAUUGUCAUUGACAUUUUUUGCACUGGUUGUGAACGUAUGAGAAGCCAGCACUGCAUUCCACCUAUGUUAAUGGAAAUAGUUUGCCGCAACAUCGACUUUUGUUCGGCGGUAAUUGUUUGUGAAAACUGAUCCAAUGUGGUCGAGAUCCCAUAUUUUAUGCCACCUGUUUUGUAGGUACUAUUUGUGUGCAUUUGGAAGAAGCUGCAGGCCUGAAUCUCAAAUCAAUAUGAAAAAUAGGCACCAAUUGCUGUGAGGUUUAUAUGUUGCCAGUCUGUCUUUCCCAUUAAUAUGGGACCAAAGCUGAUUUAUCCAAAUACAUACAGAAUGAUCAUAGUUUUUUGAUGGCAUAAAAUAUAAUAGUCAGGGGACUUUGUUACAUCAUUUUGGGAGGAAUCUUAGAUUUUUGGGAUGAACUACCCCUUUAAAUCUCCCAACCCUGUCAAUGAUUGAUUGUUCACGUGGCCAACUGUUUUCCAAAUGAAUGUAAUAAAUAAAAAACUUGUACAGGGGGCAAACUAGUAGUGCUGUUUUUAUAUUAUGCUGUUUUUAAAUAAAGGUAGACUCGAGUCAUU